AUGGAGAUCUGCAGCCGGGAGUUCGGGCAAGAUUUUUUAGCACUCACUUUGAUUCUGAUGCUGCUAAAUAAUUCUUCUAGCAAGAGUCUGAACGCCACCAUCUGUAGAUGGCAGACGACAACUCAAAGUCAUUCAUAUAGUCAGACAGAUGAGAUUAUCAUUGGUGAAUUUGUAUCUCUUACACUUGUUAAAGUGAUUCCGCCUGGGUUUGUUGAAAAUCCAGUUUCCUCCUAUAAUGGCGCGGUGAUCCCUAAAAACUACCAGCAUGUCCUUGCUUUUGUUUUUGCCAUGAGUGAGAUCAAUAAAGAUGCCAAGUUAUUACCCAACAGCACACUGGGAGCCAAAAUCUAUGACAAUGCUUUCAAUGCAAUAAGGACUUACUGGACCACUCUGGAUCUGCUAUUCAGAGGACUGAGGAAUCCUUCUACUUACAAAUGUAACAGGAGAGAGGAACCCAUGGCUGCCCUUGGUGGGAUCAACUCCCAAACAUCCAUCCAGAUGGCCAACAUCUUAAAUAUCUUCAAGAUUCCACAGCUCAGCUAUGGCUCCUUUGAUCCAGUGCUGAGUGACAAAAUUCAGUUCCCUUCUUUCUACCAGAUGGUCCCAAAUGAAGAUCCUCAGUAUGUCGGGAUUGUUGGGCUGCUCAAGCAUUUUGGAUGGAACUGGAUUGGCCUCAUUGUUUCAGAGGUUGACAGCGGAGAAACUUUCCUUCAGACCCUCAGACCAAGGCUCCUGCAGAACACUAUCUGCAUUGCUUGGACUCAAGUGAUCCCAACAGUGACACCACAUUUACCAAAUAAGAUAAUCCAAGAAAAAUUGCUCCCAAUUAGUAAUACCCUCUUUUUGAGUGACAUCAAUGUGAUCCUUGUGUAUGGGGAUGGUCAGUCUGUGGAGGGUUUUCGAAUGGUUUUGUAUUCAGCUGAGUUCUUUAAAAAGCGCCCAUUGGAAAGGCUUCACUCUUUUCUCAGGAACAUCAGAUUUAACAAUAGUGCAAAGGAAGAAAUAUCCUUCGAUGAGAAGUGGGACCUUGCAAGUGGAUUUGAUAUCAUCAACCUGGUCACAUUUCCCAACCAAUCCUUCCAGAGAGUCCGAGUUGGAGAGAUGGACCCUCAAGCUCCUGCAGGCAAAGAGUUCAAAAUCAAUGCAAGUGCUGUUACAUGGAACCCCAAGUUUAAGCAGUUGGUUGUGAGAAUUAGGUCCAGUAAGCCCCAGUCCUCAACACCCCCUGAAAAGAUAGAGCAAGUGAAUGCAGACCAAUGUGAGAAGUGCCCAGAAGAUCAGUAUCCAAACAAGAACCAGGAUCAGUGUAUUCCUAAAGACAUAAGUUACUUAUCCUAUGAGGAGCCUUUGGGGGCAGUUCUUGUUUCCUCGGCUCUUUUCCUUUCUGUAAUCACAGUUGUGGUGUCGUGGAGCUUCAUUCAACAUCAAAAUACUCCCAUCGUCAAAGCCAACAACUGGAGCAUCACGUGUGCCCUGCUCUGCUCUCUGCUGCUCUGCUUCCUCUGCUCCUUCUUGUUCAUUGGGAGGCCUGGGAUGGUGACCUGCCUUCUGAGGCAAACUGUGUUUGGCAUUGUCUUCUCCAUUGCAGUUUCUUGUGUGUUGGCCAAAACCAUCACUGUGGUUUUGGCCUUCAUGGCCACAAAGCCCGGAAACAGAAUGAGAAAAUGGGUUGGGAAGAGGCUGGCUUUAUCAGUCAUCAUUCUCCCUUCUCUUAUUCAAGCUGGUAUCUGUGCAGUGUGGUUGGUAAUCUCUCCCCCCUUCCCAGAGUUUGACAUGCACUCCCACAUUGGGCAGAUCAUAGUGCAAUGCAAUGAAGGCUCAGUCAUCAUGUUCUACCUUGUCCUGGGCUACAUCAGUUUUCUUGCUAUCGUCAGCUUCACUGUGGCUUUCUUUGCCAGAAAGUUGCCCGAUACUUUCAAUGAAGCCAAGCUGAUCACCUUCAGCAUGUUGGUCUUCUGUAGUGUUUGGGUGUCCUUUGUGCCCACCUACCUAAGCACCAAGGGGAAAUACAUGGUGGCCGUGGAGAUCUUCUCCAUCUUGGCCUCUAGUGCUGGCUUAUUAGGUUGUAUCUUUCUUCCCAAAUGCUACAUUAUUAUAUUUCAACCUGAGUUAAACACUAGGCAGCAGUUGGUGAGGAAAAAGAAUGAACAGCUUUGA